AUGGAAAUUAGCAAGAAUAAUAAUCAUUUAGUUCCAAUUGAAUUAUCAAGAUCUUUAUUAUUACAACAGCAGCAACAGCCGCAACGUUAUUUAAAUUUAUCAAUGACCCCUUUACAAACGCCACCAAUUAUUACCUCCUCGUAUAACAAUGGCGUCAAUGGUGUAGGCUCCGUGACACCUCCACCUGAUUCGAAUAAACCAGUUCAACAAUUAAGAAUAACACCUAAUCCAAAUUAUUCGAAUGGUACUUUUGUAAAUAUGCCUGCCAAUUUAGGUAUGACAACUCCAUUCACUGUGAAUUUCGCUACCGUAUUUCUUUAUCAAAUUCCGAAUGAUGCAAAAAUUUAUCUUAUUAAAUGCGUUGAGGUUUCUCAACUAUUGGACAUUGAUCCUCGUAGUAUGGAAGAUAAUAUGUCCAAUAAACAACCACCAUCUAUUCAACAUAAUCAUCAAGUUUUAAAACAGAAUCUCGCACAACAUCUUGCUGUUCCUCCAGACGAUCUACAACAACAAUUAGGAAUGAAUAAUAAUAUUGAACAACUCAUGAUGACUACGCCAUCUCAAAAUUUUGGUGGAGCUACUGCAUAUAUGAUGACUCCCUCAGCCACUCCCCAUAUGAGGCAUGAUCAACUAGUCACUUCUGACUUCUCAAACUUUUUGACGUCUCAACAACAACAAGUGGCUAUGCUAACAGCUCAACAAAACCUUUUCGAACCUACAUUUAAAAAUGAAACCGCCAAUUAA